AUGGAUAGGUUUCUGCAUCUGCUUGGUGGUUUCGACGUUGGAAGUUAUAUUCCAUGGUUGGCUUGGAUAGACCGAUUGAGCGGUUUAGAGGAGAAAGCACAUAAAGUCGCUAAAGAGUUUGAUGAUUUUCUUGAAUGUGUUGUUGAAGAACAUGUAAAUAAGAGAAGAGGGAUGGAUACUCUAUGUAGUGAAGAUCAUGAUCUAGUUGACAUCUUAUUGGAUGUACAAAGAGAUAAUGCAAUCGGCUUUAUCUUUCAUAGAGAUGUCAUCAAAGCCCUCAUUUUGGAUGUAUUUGUUGCUGGAACGGAUACUACAUUCAUAAGUUUGGUAUGGUCAAUGAGUGAGCUAAUAAGAAACCCAAGAGUAAUGGAAAAAGUACAACAAGAAGUAACAGAAAUAGCACAAGGGAGAUCCAUGAUUCUGGAGAAGGACUUAGAGAAAAUGCAUUAUCUUAAAGCCAUCAUCAAGGAGACCUUACGUUUGCAUCCUCCACUUCCACUACUUCUUCCUCGAGAAUCAAUACAAGAUGUGAAAGUAAUGGGGUACGACAUUCCAGCUGGCACACAAGCGUUUGUGAAUGUUUGGGCGAUUGGAAGAGAUCCUACCGUAUGGGAAGAACCAGAAGAGUUUAGGCCUGAAAGGUUCUUCAACUCUUCUACAGACUAUAAAGGGCUUCACUUUGAGUUUCUUCCAUUUGGUGGUGGACGUAGAGGGUGCCCUGGAAUUCCAUUUGCUAUAAUAAUCAUUGAAUUAGCAUUAGCGAAUAUGAUAUACAAGUUCGAUUUGGCAUUACCUGAUGAAGUAAAAGGCAAGGAUUUGGACAUGAAUGACAAGUAUGGCCUUAGUCUUCAGAAGAAAUCUCCUUUAAUUGUUGUGGCAACUUCUCGUUUCUAG